AUGAAGGUCUCUACCAUCUUUACUUCAUCCCUUGUCCUGCUUGCCUCAAGUGCCUUUGCGUACCAGGACCUUGCCGCUCGGGGAGAAGAUCUUGUCUCCAAGGGCGAGUACCUUAUCGCACGAGGAGAGUACCUCAUCGCUCGUGCCAGUAAGGCUGCCCCCGCCAAGGGCAAGGGCGGCAACAAGUCCGGCCAUGUUGGAGGCGCUGAGGGUGGAACCUGUGAGGUUCAGCCAAAGGGACCAGGAUUCUGCAACCUCAACACGGGACACCGAGUUGCUUGCGAGGCGCACGCAAAGUGUCUCCCAUCGAAGAAGGGUUGUGGUUGGACUCCCGGUCGCCAGCGAGCCGACUGUGGUUUGGAGGCCGGCCGAAUGUAA